UGCGCCGGCGCACGUUUGCGAUGAAAGUACCGGAACACUCGCGACUUUCUAUCGACUUUAGUGAAUGUUUCAAAUAAAACCCUACACAAGCUGAUACUUUAGACUGACGUAUCUAAGUGACAUCCGUGAUAUUAAAUUCAAACGGGAUAAACACGUGUUAGUGACAGGAAUCUUAUUUGAUCUGAGAGUGGAAACAACAUUGGUCUCUUGUCUUAAUUGAAUACCAUAAACAUGGAUUUAAGAAAUAAAAUUUCCCUACGGAGGUCACGGCCACGCAUCGAAUCAUGGGUCAAGAACAAUCCUUCAUCACUCAAGCCAGUGUUGCUCCUGUAAAAAAAUAUCAGGACAAAUACGACGAUACCAUACAAUACAGAGUUUCUCCUAUCGACUAUCGAACGAGCGACUACGACAGGACAGAUUACAAACGUCACAGAGCAAGGAGUAGUGCCGAGAGUUUCAAAAGCGACAACUCCUCGACGGAGAGCAGUGGCUACAGAAGCGGUUCCAGUGCUUACGAAUGCCGUUCCGAGAGAUCGUCAAACAGUGAUUAUUACUGCACAUCCUUAUACAAGAACAAUCACUACAAAGAUAUAAACAAAGAACUUUAUAAACCAGUCAAAAUACCCAAAGAUAAACGCUAUAAGCAAUUGUUCGACGACAAAGACGAAAAUAAAAGCGGAAGGUUGAAAGGCUACCUCAGCGAAGCCGAGAAAGCUAAAUUGAAGGCUGGUCCGACGCCUAAGAGGGCCGGUAUAAGAAAUUACACACCUAAAAUUAUAUCGGCAGAGGAGCAGCGGAAAAAGAUAGAGAAUUGGAUUUAG